UUCCAAGACUAACUUUUUUUUUAUAAGCAAUUUUUUUUAUAAGCAAAAAAAGUUGAGGACACAGCUCCCUUUCUUUCCAGAAAAAAAUAACUUAUUCCACCACAACUCAGUAAAAGCACAACCAAAAAAAAAAAAUCUAGAUCCUCCUCAACCUCUAAGCACAAAGGGCAAAGUAACGAAUUAGAGUUAGUUAAAAUACCACGCUUUAACAACUCCGUCUUCAUAGAGAGUUUAUUCCAAAUCAACCUCCAACCAAAAAGAUAAAUCCUAGUCAGAAUUAUUUUUGUUUGACUUUUCUCUUUUGAACUUUCACAAAGGUUGUGCAUAUUUCUUAAUUUUAACAAUGGCAACGGAACAUGUCCUUCGCAUGAAAGGUGGUGUUGGAGAAACAAGUUAUACAAAUAACUCCUUACUUCAGAGAAAAGUGAUUAUGGAAGUGAAAACCAUACUUGAAGAAAAUAUGACAUUCAUGAUGUCCAACAAAAGUAUAAAAGGUUGUUGGAAAAUAGCUGACUUAGGUUGCUCUUCAGGACCAAACACACUUUUGGCCAUCUCAAAUAUCUUGAGCAUCAUCCAUAACAUUUACUUGAAGUUAAAUCAUGGGAAACCUGUAUUUCAAAUUUAUCUCAAUGAUUUAUUUGAAAAUGAUUUCAAUACAAUCUUCAAAUUACUACCUGAUUUCUACCAACAAGAAAAAGAAAAGAAUGUUGGAGAAUGCUUCAUAAGUGCAACACCAGGAAAUUUUUAUGGGAAACUAUUUCCAAAUAAUUACAUUGACUUUUUUCAUUCAUCCUAUAGUCUUCAUUGGCUAUCUCAGGCACCAAAAGAUUCAACCAAGAAAGCAAAGCCACUAAACAUGGAAAAUAUUUGUGUAACAAGAACAAGUCCUCCAUCGGUUUAUGAUGCAUAUUGUAAGCAAUUUCAAAUUGAUUUCAAAUGUUUUUUAAAGUCACGCUUCGAGGAACUAUCUUCAAGUGGCAUGAUGGUAUUAACAUUCCUUAGUAGAGAAACAGUGCAUGAAAUUAGUUCUUGCGAGGUACUUAGCACGGUACUUAAUGAGAUGUUCCAAGAGGGUUUGGUUGAACAAGAAAAAUUGAGCAUGCUUGAUUUGCCUAUAUAUUACCCUACAAUAAAAGAAGUUAGACAAGUGAUUAAUGAAGAAGGUUCUUUCACCCUUCAAACAUUGAAGACUUUUAAGAUAGGUUGGGAUGCAAACCUACAAGAAGAUCUUGAUGAAUAUGUUCUUGAUAACAAGAUGAGAGGAGAGUUCAUAGCUAAAUACCAUAGAGCUAUUUUCGAACCUCUUUUAAUCAUCGAGUUUGGUGAAAAUAUUGUGGAUGAAAUCUUUUCAAGGUUUGCAAAGUUGAUUGCAAAGAUUAUGGAGUUAGAGAGACUAGAGUAUACCAAUAUUGUAUUAUUCAUGACUAAGGAUCUUUAAAAUAAAGUCAUAUCAAGACUUCACUUCAUAUAGUUUUUUAGAGCAUUUAGUGUUUGAGUUGAUCAAGAUGGAGAGAGCUCCUAUGUUGGUCAUUGGUGAAUGAAAGGUGUAUUGAAGAGAUAAUUUGCCCUCAAAUAAAAUAAAAUAAAAUUCAAGGGUAGUUGUAGUUAGUUGUGUGGAGAUUUAUGACAUAAUUAAUGCAAGAAUUACUAUAAAUUUCUUUAAUUAGUGUUGUUUUUGGAAUUUGAAAAUAACCACACAUAAGAAGUUAUCGGGAUGAUUUACAAUUUUUUUUUUCUUUAAGAUGUUUUAUGGCACUGUUCCUCUUUAAGAUGUUUUAUGGCACUGUUCAAAAAUAUGAAAUACAGUCGAACUACUUAAUUCUUCAGAGGUAAAAUAGUCUAGUCUGAUAUUAUACGGUCAGAGAAAAACUUGCAUGGAUACGCAUAUAAAUGAUUAGUGUUAGGAACAACCAAUAAAAAAAGAGAAAUUUUUAAAUUUAUU